AUGAAGUACUCCGUUCUCGCUGGCCUGUCCCUUGUGGGCUCGGCCAUCGCUACUAUCCCUUCCAUUGAGAUCAAGGGCAAGAAGUUCUUCUACUCCAACAACGGUACCGAGUUCUUCAUCCGCGGUGUCGCCUACCAGGCCGACUACUCCAGCCCGACCAGCGGCUCCAGCAGCUCCAGCGUCAACUAUCUCGACCCUCUGGCCGACGUCGAGAGCUGCAAACGUGACAUUCCCUACCUGACCCAGCUUCGCACCAAUGUCGUCCGCACUUACGCUGUCUCGCCCAACGCCUCCCACGAUGAGUGCAUGAACGCCCUUGCCGACGCCGGUAUCUAUGUCAUCUCGGAUCUGUCCGCCCCCUCGCAGUCCAUCCAGUCCGACAACCCUACCUGGGACGCCGACCUCUUCACUCGCUACUCCGAUGUCGUCGAUGCUUUCGCCAAGUACCCUAACGUCAUCGGUUUCUUCGCCGGUAACGAGGUCUCCAACCGGAUCAACAACACCAACUCCAUGGCCUACGUCAAGGCCGCCGUCCGUGAUAUGAAGACCUACAUCAAGCAGAAGAACUACCGCAGCUCCCUGGCCAUUGGUUACGCUACCGAUGACGAUGCUACCGUCCGUGAGCAGGUCUCCAACUACCUGGUUUGCGACACCGCCGAGGACUCGAUCGACUUCUUCGGUUACAACAUUUACGAGUGGUGUGGUGACUCUAGCUACUCCACUUCCGGCUACGAGGACCGCACUAACGAGUUCGCCGACUACCCUGUUCCCGCCUUCUUCUCCGAGUACGGCUGCAACCAGCCCCGUCCCCGUGAAUUCACUGACGUGCCCGUCCUGUUCGGCCCCAAGAUGAACAACGUCUGGAGCGGUGGUAUUGUCUACAUGUACUUCGAGACCUCCAACGAGUUCGGUCUAGUCUCCACCAGCGGCAACAACGUCAAGACUCUGGCAGACUUUGACAACCUGUCUUCUCAGAUGCAGAAGGUCAACCCUACCGGUGUCAACAGCGCCAGCUACUCCGUCAGCACCACUGUUGGCCGCAGCUGCCCUACCGUCGAUGCCUCCAACUGGCUGGCCGCCAGUGUUCUGCCCCCCUCUCCUAACGCUGAUCUGUGCGCCUGCAUGUACAACGAGCUGGAGUGUGUGCCCGUUGACGGCAUCUCCACCGAGAAGAUGACCGAUACCUUCAACUACCUGGGUGGUGUCAAGGGCGCUAUGGUCGGUGUCUCGAGCAAUGCCACCACCGGCAAGUACGGUGCCUACUCCAUGUGCAAUGCCAAGCAGCGUCUGGCUUGGGCCAUGAACCGCUACUACCAGCUGAACAACAAGGACAGCAGCGCGUGUGGUUUCUCCGGUGCUGCCUCCACUACCAAGGCCACCACUGCCUCCUCCUGCUCCGCUCAGUCUUCUGCCAUGAGCGCCAUCGGUACUGCUGGCACUAACGACGUCAACGGCGGUCUGGUCGCCUCUGGUAGCGCUUCCGGCUCUACUUCUACCUCCAAGGGCGCUGGCGCCGUCACCUUUGGCCCUCAGGCUGUCUACGUCGGUGCUUGGCAGACCGGUGCCUACGCGGUUGCCGCGAUCGCCUCCGGCCUGUUCAUGAUCAUGCUGUAA